CCGCCCAUCGUCGAAUUAUUCACACGCAGACGUUCUCAACGAUCGGACCAAAAUAUUAAAAUCGGGCAUUAACCAACUUGGUGACAAAUAACUUUGUGGACUUCUCCGAAAAAAUACUUUUUAAAAAAGGAGAAUUAAAAAGUCUUUGUGUUUAUUCAACAAAAUAAUAAACGCUUGUCACUCCGAGGCAAUCAAGUUCAAGUGGUGAAAUACAAACAAUGACUAGUCGGCAAAGAUGAUUUGCGAAAACAAUUAAAAAGACUAAUCAUCUACAAAAUCAUUCAAGGACAUUCGGAAAACAUCCUUUUAAAAAGGCUUGCCAACUACGUGUUAAAACGAUUUUUUCAAAUAUUGCAUUGGAUAAUGAAUUAUUAAUUUAGACAAAACUAACCAAAACCUCCAAAUAGUUGAUCAUGCAUCAUCCAAGCGUAUAAGUUGAUUGCAUUAAAUACCAACGUACAACUAAGUUUAUAAAAAGCGCUUGAAGAAGGCUUUAAAACGGCAACAAUAAGUGAAAACCGCUGCAAUUCUAUGAGUUUUGUAAACCUGAAAGGCACAAUAAUUGAUGUUUUAAUGCUGCCAAAUAGAUAGCAAUCAGCCCCAGCCGAUAAAAGUAAAGUGAAACCAAAGGAGCAACCUAUUGAAUACAAUAAUAUUCAAAUUUAAGAGCAAGUCAAGAGUACGUCCCCCAAAAAUGGCCAAAUACUUUAUAACCCUGGUGCUGCUGGUGUGCCUGGCUUUGGAAAACAAGAACGUAUACAAUCGCCUGCACGCCCGAUCGCAUCCCAGUUCCCGGGGCGACAUCCUGCGUCCGCAUCCCAAGCACCAGUCGCAUCCUCACGUGCAACACACCUCGCAGCAGCUGCAGCAGCACCACAUCGGCCAGCAGCGAUCCCGCCAACUGAAGCACCUGGAACCGGAUCCGACUGGCUCCAGCGAGGAGGACGAUGCGCCGAUCUCCAAGCAGGAGUACUAUGCCCGUCUCAGGCGCCACGUCAUCCAGAAGAGGGAGCACCUCAUCCAGCAGGAGCUCAGCUACAACCACCCGGCCGGGGAGCAGUUGAAGGUGCCCCGCCUGUGGCAGCAUCUGAUGGAGCAGGAGGAGAAGACCCACCGCCAUGAGACUCCCACGGAGGAGGAGGUGGAGGAAUUCCCGGUAAUGUUUGGAGAUGCCCCCGAGGAGUCAUCAUAUUCCUCCGAGGAACAGUUCAAGGACCUUUCCCCCCUGGACUUUGUCCGAAAUGAACUUAUGGCGGAAGAACAGCAGGAGCAGGAGCAUGAGCAAGAGCAGGAGCAGGAGCAGGAGAAGGAUGCGAAUCUGGAUGUGGAACCCCAGGUCCCCAUUGAGCCCGAGGUUCUCCCGGGCGAGAGGAACAUCACCAUUUCGGUGAAGUCCAGGGGCGGCGGAUGUCCCAAGUGCGAAAGCAAUCGCCAAGUGGAGCACAUCACCGAGGAGCAGUUGACCCACCUGCGCAUCGAGUUCGUCAAGCAACAGAUCCUGGAGAAGCUGCGCCUCAAGGAGAGUCCCAAGGUGUCCGCCGUGGAGCUGCCCAAGCCCAUUUUCGAUGGCAUGACUCUCUCCCAUCCGGACGAUAGCACCAAAAACAAGGACCUGGACGACUACUAUGCAAGGACCAGCAAAAAAUUCAUACUGCUUAACAGAGAAGAGGUGGAGUGCAAUCGCUUGGGAGGUGGAAAGUCCAACCCAUCCAUGUGCUUCAGCUUCAAGAUCGACGAUGCCGAUGCCGAGGGCUUCGAUGUGAGCACCGCCGUCCUGUGGCUUUUCAAGAACAAGCAGAAUCGCACCGACCAGGGAUCGGAUUCGGUGAACAGCACCAGUUCCCAGCAGACGAUCGUAGUGUCCGAGGUGGAGGUGGAUACGCAGCAGGACUCCAAGUAUCUGACGGCCGCCAAGACCAUAGCCAUCCAGUCGGUGAAUGUGCAAGAUGAGUGGAUGAAGAUCGACAUUGAGUGGCCCAUCAAGCACUGGAUCAGCGGUCACGAGCUGAGCCACCUCAUCCAGAUUUCAUGUGGAGGCUGCGACGUCAGCGACAUGGAGGAGAUCAUAUCGGUGGACAAGGACUACCGACCGUUCAUCGUGAUCGACAUGCAGAAUCGGCGCAGGAAGAGCCGCCAGAAGCGCAGCAUCAACUGCUCCAGCGGAAUGACGGAGUGCUGUCGGGAGCACCUGUACAUCUCCUUCAGGGACAUCGGCUGGAGCAACUGGAUCAUGAAGCCGGAGGGCUAUAAUGCCUACUUCUGCCGCGGAUCCUGCAGCUCGGUGGCGAGUGUUACGCAAGCGGCCUCCCACCACAGCUCCAUAAUGAAAAUUCUCUCUACAAGCGGUGCCAACAAGUCGCUGGAAUUGGUGCCCUGCUGCACCGCCAAACAGUAUUCCUCGCUGCAGCUGGUCGUGUUGGACUCGAGUAAUAUGGCCACGAUGAAGACGCUGCCCAACAUGGUGGUGGAGUCGUGCGGCUGCAGAUAGUCGAUGACCCGAUGGCCACUGGCCAUCCAUCAACCAAACUACAUUUACAUAUCGGACAAAUUAGACGUAGACUCGCUUCAUUUCAGUUAGCAUUAAACUACAUUUCUCUUCAAUUAAUUUAAACUCAUUUGCAAAGCAUUUACAUUAGCGUUAUUAUUUAAUAGUAAGUAUAUGUAGUGUUUGUGCUGCCACUAGUUGUAGUUAAAGCUAAAGUCAAUGUACUUAAGCACUCGAAGUAUGUAGGUAGUUAGCAAAUAGCUCAAAUUAAUUUAAUAGCGUUACUAAGUGCUAUCUAUAAUUAUGUUGUGCAAUUAGUUUAAUUAGUAGUGUGUAUUGAGUUAUUAGCAGAGAAAAACAUAAAGAAAAGUGGAAAAUAAAAGAUAAAAUACGAAUUAAA